GAGGCGCUGGGAGCAGCGACGAGCAGACUCUUGUUUAUACGACCACAUUUCUCCGCCUGACCGGUAGAACGGACCCGGAGCUUUCAGCAGGAGGGUGGAUAUCUGCGGUGCGCGUCGCAACUCUGCUUGAGCCUUUCACGUUGGUCGUCGCCGUCGUCUCGUUGAUCACCAAGCGUGUGUAGCUCUCCCUCGACAUCAUGACGCUCAAGAUGCAGGUCGUGGCAGCGCUUCUCUUCGUCGUCGCCCUCGGGCUGUGCACGGCGGCCCCGCAGCAGGAGCGCGGCGACUGGCAGCGGCGGCGGCAACAGCGGCAGCAGCGGCAGCAGUGGCAGCAGCCCACCGAGGACGACGACCUGGCGGGGGUGCCGGCGCCGCAGCCCGGGCGCCAGGACGUGUCGUGGCCCGGCCAGGACCUGGACCAACAGCAGCAGCCGUGGCAGCAACAGCAGCAGCAGCAGCAGCAGCAGGCGUCGACCCCGGCGCCCGCCGAGGGCACCCUGAUCGUGCUGCCCGCGAACUGCCGCUGCCAGGCCAUCGAGAACUACAACCCCGUGUGCGGGUCGGACGGCAACACGUACGCCAACAGGCAGAAGCUCGAGUGCUUCGCCAUGUGCGGCUCCA